CCAGCAUCAGGCAAGCAUCAGGCAUGGGUCUGUAUAGGAUGGAGUUGAGCAAGAGCAACGCUAUCUGAAUCUGAAUAGCAAUGAAUCAAGGUGGCGUUCGUACGCAAGGCGGAUUGAUGCUCGAGCUUUGGAGAUUGCCGCGCUUGACGAUACCGGAUAAGGAGUGACAGGAAUGAACGCACGAUGAAUCCAUCAGCUUCAUCAAACCGCGGUUCGACUUCCAGACUCAACAGAUACAGCAGGGACGGCAGCGCGCCCACAAACUCCAGGAUCAACAAAACGCUGGCACAGGCAGUCGAGAGGCGCUGCAGGCCAUGGCCAUGCAACGAGGAUACCCGACCGCGCGCGCUCUUCACGAACGCGGGCCACGACGCGGCAACGUGGCCGACGCCCACGUCCAAAACAGGCAAAAGAAGCGCGGCCACGCGCCGAAAAGGCUCGAUCACAUGACAUGUUCGUCGGACGCGUUAUUUGGCGCGUAUUUGUUACGUCACGUGUUUGUUCAGUCUCGCUAUGUCGCCGUAGCGGGAGCUCGUUGUGUUCGUUCGCGUCCUCGUCUGUCUCGGCGACUUCGUCUUCCUCCUCACCCAGUCCUUACCCUCUCACACCGCUAACAUCGCCCUCUUGACCUCGUCUUGACACGAGCGCAACUUGAACAACAGCGCCGACAACCCGCAACAGCCGACUUCGAGCACGACGUCGUUACACCCCGACAUCUUCACUAAACACAGAGAGAACACCCAGCGAGCAACGUUCAUCCAGAC